AUGUCAUCUACAGAAGAGUCGCCCGCUCAACGAGCAGCCAGGCUGCGUCGUGAGCGCCGUGAGGCCAAAAUCCGGGAAGGUGGUGCAGCACGCUUGGACAAGAUUACAAGCUUAAGCGGACGGACACCGCAAAGUUCUCGCGAAGAAUCGUUCUCUGCCCCGUCACUCUCGCCUUCACCCUCACCCCAGCCUCCUGCGCCUGUCUCCGUCCCCGAAACAGGGGCACCCCGUCAAACACACCCGGCGCCCGUUCGACCAACAGCUAGCGUCGAGGAGGAGACCCCAGAAGACCUCCAAGCACAACAGGAGUAUAUCCGGGCCCUCCUGCGCCAAAACGCACCGCCUGCAGCACAGGAAGGCCCCGAUGAAGACCCCACGAUGAAACUGCUCAACUCCCUCAUGGCGGGUGGGAUGCCAGGACUGGACCAAGGCACAGGCGGCGGCGGCGGCGGCGGCGCCGGACCCGGAGUCUCGCAAGCAGAACUAGCAUCCGCCCUUGGCCUGCCGCCAUUCGUCUCGAGCAUGCUCGGCGCAGCGACACGACCCAAGACGGACCAGGAGAAGCGGGAGAUCUGGACGUGGAAGGUGCUUCAUGUGCUCUUCGCCGUCGUCAUGGGGGUCUACUUCCUCGUGGUUAUCAGCGCGUCUGUCGCGACCUACGGAAGCCAGCCGCCGCCUCCUGCGACAGCCCGGAACCCGUUCGUUCUCUUCACGACAGGGGAGAUGGUGCUGAGCGGGGCGAGGAUAAUGCUAAGGAGUAGGGGCGGGGGGCUGGCUGGGCCUGGGAUGUGGAUUCAGUUGUUCAGGGAUGUUAUCCAGGAUGGCAGUAUAGUGCUAUUCUUUCUUGGAAUGAGCGCUUGGUGGCAUCGAGAUUGGCUGGCUUCUUAG